AUGUCCGGCGUUGCUAGUGCACUAGCCGGCCUAGAUAUGACUAUGCCGGGUGAUAUCGCCUUUGACUCUGCUACGUCUUAUUGGGGCACUAACUUGACCCUUGCUGUACUGAAUGACACUGUUCCCCGGUGGCGUGUUGAUGAAAUGGCUAUCCGGAUUAUGGCCGUCUGGUACUAUGUCGGGGCGGGCGACAGCUAUGUGCCUAUCAACUUCGCUUCUUGGACUCUCGAAACUUAUGGAUACGAAUAUUUCUAUGCCAACGAGGGCUACACGGUAAUAAACGAGCAUGUCGAUGUACGCAACGGCCACGGAGCUUUGAUUCGAGAAAUUGGUGCUGCAAGUGCCGUCUUGCUGAAAAAUGAAGGAGCACUGCCAUUGACUGGCAAAGAAAAGCUGACCACAGUUUUCGGGUCUGACGCGGGUGCUAGUGCAUACGGGCCCAAUGGCUGUUCUGACCGUGGAUGUGACAUGGGAACAUUGGGAUGGGAUGGCUCAUUCCAGGGCAUAUAUGAUGACUAUGCCUACAGUGAGGCUGAGGCGCUGGCCGCGCAGGCAUCCGUCGCCAUCGUCUUUGUCAAUGCCGACAGCGGUGAAGGGUACAUCAACACCGUCAGUUCCGAGUGCAACAAUACGAUUGUGAUCAUCCAUAGCGUCGGUCCUGUCCUGAUGGAUAGCUUCGUCGGGAACCCCAAUGUGACAGGAAUUAUCUGGGCUGGCGUUCCUGGAGAAGAGUCCGGGAUCUCCAUUGCUGACGUGCUGUAUGGUCGCGUCAAACCCGGUGGCAAGUUGCCUUUCACUGUUGGCUACUCGCGCGAGAACUACGGUACCGACAUCCUCUACGUCCCCAACAGCGGCGAGAGUGCCCCGCAAGUCGACUUCAGUGAGGGUCAAUUCAUUGACUACCGAGCCUUCGACAAGGGAGAUAUCACGCCACUUUAUGAAUUUGGUUAUGGCCUCAGCUACACCAAAUUUAGCUACUCGGAGCUGAAGAUCACAAAGCACAAUGCUGGGAAGUACAUGGCCACGACGGGCAAGACUUCGGCGGCCCCAAUUCUGGGCACGACCCUAAAUGACACUUCUGACUAUUUGUUCCCUGAUUAUAUCAAGCGAGUGCCGUACUUUAUCUACCCUUACCUCAAUUCGACCUCUUUGGAGAAGUCCGCCGAUGACCCCAACUACGGUACUUCCGCCAAUAUUCCAGCCGGGGCCCAAGAUGGCUCCUCGCAGCUUCGUCUUCCUGCCAGUGGCGAGCCUGGCGGGAACCCGGCUCUUUGGGAUGUUCUCUAUACGGUAACCGCGACGGUGACUAACACUGGCAAGGUUGCUGGUGAUGAAGUGGCCCAGCUGUAUGUGGGGUUGGGUGGACCUAAUGACGCCUCAGUCCAGCUUCGUAGCUUUGAUCGCCUGUCUAUCCAGCCUGGCCAGUCUGUCACCUUUACAGUAGACUUGACCCGUCGGGAACUUUCCAACAGGGACACGGUGACCCAAAAUUGGCUCAUCUCGGACUAUGUGAAGACGGUACACGUUGGUGCCUCUUCACGGAAAGUACCCUUGAAACAGACUAUCGCUGGGGCAGAAGCGUUUCCCAGCGAUAGUCUGUUUCAAUUAGAAGUCACCUACUUCACAUGA